GGAACCACUAAAAUCCAAUUAACACAAAAAAAUCUAAGGAAAGCGUACCUACCUACAGUUUCCUUCUCCGCCUUUUCUUCCUCCAUUUCCGCACUAUACGCACACACCUUCGCACCUAUAUCUAUACUAUACACACACAAACACACAUAUACGCGCACAAGUUUACACAGAUUUUGCGGCGAAAUUUUAGAUGGAUUCUCUGAGUGCUUCAGUGGCACCGUCGAUCGUUUUUCUGGCGGCAAAUCAUCAUCAUCACCGGCGGCGAAUUAGUUCCAUCCCCGGAGCUAUCUCUAGUUACAGCGAUCGCCGGUUUCAGUGUUUAUCGAAACAUCGGAGAAGGAGAAGAGUGGAAGUUUGGUGUAAAUUGAGCAACCAAGGAGAUGUUGAUAGAGAAAAAGAUGAAGAUAAAAAUGAUGAUGAGGAGGAUGAGGAGGUGAAGAAAGCUCUUCAAUUGGACGGCACGAUUCCGAGUACUUCGGAUGAGUUCGUGAAGCAGGUGUCGUCUCGUGCGUAUGAUAUGCGGAGACAUCUUCAACAAUCUUUUGAUUCCAGUAGCUAUGAUGUACUGGAGUCUAACCCAUGGAGGGACACUUCAAAACCCGUUUAUGUUUUAACCCAGAGAGAAAACCAGUUAUGCACAAUGAAAACACGAAGAAAUCGCAGUGAAGUUGAAAGCGAGCUAAGUAAAUUAUUUUCCAAAGGAGGAAAGUGGAGAAACCAGGCCAAGCAGUCUGGGAAAACCACAAAGUUUCAGAUGCUUGUUGAGGACAUCAGUGAUGGAGUGCUUGUGUUUGAAGAUGAGAAUGAGGCUGAAAAAUACUGCGAUUUAAUGCAAGGAGGAGGUCAAGGUUGUGAAGGUGUUGCAGAAAUUGAAGCCUCCUCUGUAUUUGAUCUUUGCCAGAAGAUGAGGGCUCUUGCUGUCCUCUUCCGCAGAGGGAGGACCCCUCCCAUGCCCGAAAACCUGAAGCUCAAUUUGAGAGCACGGAAGCGGUCACUUGAGGACCAAGAUGGUUUAAAAUGAAGAACUGCUGCUGAAACUGGAACAUAGGGAAAUCUAAGAAAUGCUGAUAUAGAACACUAUACUACUAGUAUACUGUAUAUAAUUUGAUUUAGGACCUUAUACAUAAAAGAAUUAUUGAUUACCCGUAGUACAUACUUAAUCAAAAGGCUACUUGGGUGGAGUGGUGCGUUUCUUUCA